CGGCGGCGGCGGGAGGGAAGGAGGGAGCGGAGGAAAGGAAGGGGCGCCGCGUCCUGCCCGGCCGCCGCCGCCCCUGGGCUCGGGGGCGCACGGCCGCCAUGUGAGAGAGAGGAGGUCACGGCGGAGCCCGCCCCCGGGGCGGCGGGGCCGGAUCGGGUGGCCGCCGCGCCGCAGCCUCUGCGGGUCCGCCGAGGCGGCGGCGGCGGCGGCGGGCGGGCAGCGAGGAGGCGACGCCGGCCGCCCGCCCGCGGCCCCGCCAUGGGAGCCGGGCGGGGGGCGAGGCUCGCGGCCCCGAGCCGCCUGCGGGGCUGAGCCCGGCGCCAGCGCAGGGACUGUGGAUCUGUGAAGUGCUUCCCUCCGGUGUGAAUGCAGUGUCCCCUGUGGGAUGCAGUAGGUGAUGCCCAGCUCUACUGCAAUGGCAACUGGAGCUCUGUCUAGUUCUCUUCUCGUAACCUGCUGCCUCAUGGUUGCCCUCUGUAGCUCCACCAUACCUGUACAAAAACUGGCCAAGGCUCAAGACAAACAGGAGAUAAAGGCGAGCCAGGAAAAGAGGGAUCACACGUCUACAAGGGACAGCCAGACAGGCCCUGGGAAAAUGAAUGAGAUCGGCAGGAGCGGGAGGGAGGAGGGUAGCAGGGACUGGAAGAGCAAAGGAAACAGGAACUACUCGAACAAGGAGUCUUGGACUAAGCAAAAGCAGGCUUGGAGCAGCCAGGGGACGAGCAGUAAAUCGGGGAGCAUUCAAGUGCAAGAGCAAAGGGACACCGCUUCCGAGGAACCUCAGGUGGCUGAAGAUUCGUCUCUCCCAGAAGCUGUUGCGAGCGUCACGCCCGAGCCGCCGGAGGAGUACGCCUAUCCCGACUACCGAGGGAAGGGCUGCGUGGACGAGAGCGGCUUCGUCUACGCCAUCGGGGAGAAGUUUGCGCCGGGCCCCUCCGCCUGCCCCUGCCUCUGCACUGAGGAGGGCCCGCUGUGCAUCCAGCCCGAGUGCCCCAGGCUCCACCCUCGGUGCGUCCAUGUGGACACCACGCAGUGCUGCCCACAGUGCAAGGAGAGGAAGAACUACUGCGAGUUUCGAGGGAAGACCUACCAGACCCUAGAGGAGUUCAUGGUUUCUCCGUGUGAGAAGUGUCGCUGUGAAGCCAAUGGUGAGGUGCUUUGCACGGUCUCAGCUUGUCCCCAGACUGAGUGUGUGGAUCCGGUGUAUGAGCCCGAUCAGUGCUGUCCUAUCUGCAAAAAUGGCCCGAACUGCUUUGCAGAAACCAUUGUCAUUCCAGCAGGCCGGGAGGUGAAAACUGAUGAAUGCACUAUAUGUCACUGUACUUAUGAAGAAGGCACUUGGAGAAUUGAACGGCAAGCUAUGUGCACUAGACAUGAAUGCAAACAAAUAUAGGAAAUCAACAAAUCUAAGUACUUUUCGUGGUUUUUAUAAAAUAUCUCACAGCAGUGAGCACCCUAGAUGACCCAGGGAAAUCUGAAUGAGAAGAUUCUGGUGAGGAGCAAAGAAUAAAAUAUUGAUAUUUUGUUUUUCAAAGUAACAUAAUACUGCAAUGCAAAGAAGUGCAUAUAUUUAAAACAUCUGGACAUAAGAAUACCUGUCUUAAUAAAUGUGUUAUUUUCUCAGUGAGUACACUAAAAUACACUCUAUAAAAUAUUCUAUGUAUUUCUAUAAUACCAUUAUAGAGCUUAAAAAUAAAUGUUUUAUAUAGACAAUACAGAUGAAAGUACUGUA